CAUGCUCUCGGCGGGGACCGCGCACAGUUCUGGAGGAGCCUGCUCAGUUCUCUCUGUGCCAAGCCAUCCCGCAGCAGAUCCAGGCUCUCCGUGGGCAUGGGCAGAGGCGCUCGCCAGCGCAAGGACCUUCAAGCCGCCGCCCUGUCGUUCUUCUCUGCCGUCACUCUGGGCAACUUGCAGAACUCAGAGGAGCUGGUCAAGAUCCUUUGCGUGAUUCUGCGCGAGGAGGACGUUCGUCCCGAUGCUGGAUUCAUGCGCCAAGUGCUGGUUGGCCUGUUGCUGCACAGCGAGAAAGUGCGGAUUGUCCUGUGUCCUGUUGCUCUGUCGGCGCUCUCCAAGUCCAGCGGCCUCUUCAACUCGGACGCACACCGGCAGCAGGUCGGUAACCAGCUACAUUGGCCAGUGGGCCGAGGAGUGCUCAUUCGCGAGGUGUCUGUCUGUAGCUCGAUGACUCAGCUCAGCGAAACCAUCCUGCCAUCCAAGCUGCCGUCGGCAUCUAAAGCCUCCAGCACAGGAGGUACAGCGACACCGACUACUGCUGCUACAGAGAGUCAAUCAGCAGCAUCUGCAGCAAGCUGGAAGAUGUUUUUGAAGAAGUAUAGCGGUGAAGAACUACCCUACAUUGAUGAGACGGAUAUGUGGGAUUUGGACGUGAAGUGGUCGAAUAUCGUCAAGUCGGAGCGUCCGACAACGAGCACCGAGGAAUCAUCUCCCACUACCUUCGUGGCUUCUCUCAGCUUUCGACGUGCCCUGCUCGAUCCUGUGCUCGACUCAUCCGCAUCGGUGGCAGAUGUUGCACAGCUGCAGCCGCCAAGUCAAAGAGCGCUUUCAAGUCGCACCGUGCAACUCUUCUACUCGCUGUCUGGCCAGAAUGAUCGCAGCAGUAGCAGCCGCAUCGCUGACGUUGUUCCUUCAGCAGUGAUUGCUGCUGCUGCUGCCAGUGCCAGUGCCGCCUCUUCUGAGUCUGGUCUACUUGGAGCAGCUGAAGAGCCAGCCUGGCAGUCGUUUCUUCUUCUGCAGCUCUUCUCCAAGUUCAACGGUCUGCGCACUUUAGCCGACUACAUUCCAUCCUGGUAUUCCAAUGUUUGCGAUCUGGCGUUGUCCGCCAAUGGUGGUGAUGGCGGCGAGGAUGACGGCACUGCUAGCCUUGUCCGUCACUUGCCGGACUAUGUUCCUGUUUUGCCACCGUUCGACAGCAGCGUGUGGCCCGUGUCAACUGGACGUCUUCCUACGCACACUCUAGCCGCACUGACUUUGCUACUUCGCUUGCCCCACUAUGCAGAAGGCUUGCUGAAACAUCAGUCUCAGGCUGCCACGUUGCUUCGACUGCUACUCGGUGUGCCAACAGAAGGCGUGUUAGCAUGGGGAUCAUCAGGAUCGCUGUGCUCAUUGCCCACGCUAUCCUUGCUGCCGUUCGCUCUUCUGGUCAGCAUCUUGCAGAGCAAGCGUAUCACGCUGGACGCUGGCGGCUUUGCACUGAGAGUCGAGGCGCUCAACGGUGGCCUGCUGCACUUCUUACUGGCGUGCCUGGCGCACCUGAGCCAUGCCGACAAGUCCAGCAGUGCUGCUAUGCUAUCAGCCGCCGCCAGCGACAAGGAGGUGUUGAGUGCCAAUCCAUCCGCAGAGGUAACAGCGGCAGCGGCCCUAGCUCCUGCAGGCGCUGUGCCAGUGUUAGCCGACCCAGUGGGAGCGCCGGGCAUGUCCAAGACCAGCUUUGACGGCAAGCUGUACUGGGCGAAGGGCACUGGCUUUGGCACUGGUAGUACCCACUCUACGUGGGAUGUCAACCAGGCGGUGUCCAGGCAGAAGAAGGAAGAAUCACAUGUCACUGCGCUACUGGAGACGCUGGCAAGCCUGUUCGAUUGUACUGGUGUGGAGGACAGUGAGAAAGUGAGCCAGCUCUUCAAUCACACCUGGUUACUGGCACUUCUGCGCGGUUCAUGUCUACUUCCUCUUCUGCAAUCGUACUUGUGCAAUGAUUCGGUCUUGGACAUGUCCUGUCAUCUGGUCGUGAACUCGGCGGUAUUACUGCUAGUUCGUGCUAUAUCGACGUGCGAGCCGCUAUCUUCUCUCCUACUGGAGUCCCAUCCCAGUGGAGACAGUGUGAUGGCACUGCUCACAAAGAUGAAGAAUUGCUUGGAGACAUACACAUUGUGCCUCGGGAAACAGAAGCCCGGGAAAAGCUCACUCAAGUCGAAGGGUGAGGCAUCUUCAGCAGCACCGACGUCAUCAUCUAGAAAUGCUCCCGGCCUGGCAGAGGCAAGUAACGAAGGCAUUGCAGCGCUGGUGGAAGAUGUCUAUACCACCCAUCAGAUCGUCAAUGAUGCGCUGAGAAGACGACAGCAGUCUUCAUGUGACAGUAGUAGUACAGACGGUCUAGACGGAAGUACUACAGGAGCCACAGCAACUGGCGCAGUGUCUACUUCUGACGAGAAUGAGUACUACGUGUCACAGAUGAAACUCAUGCAGUUUGGUACCCAUGCUAUGGUGGAGGAGGAUGCUGAAGGAGUGCCACACUGUGUUGUUGAGUACGGCUACAAGCAGCAACUGUUUGACCCAGUGUCCUCUCUGGCAGCAGCAUCUCGCGCACAGCGCCUCGCACAGGAGAUGUCCACACUGGCUACAUCCCUGCCACUCUCCUCCGGAUCAACGGUGUUUGUUCGCUGCGAUGAAGACCGCCUAGACGUUAUGAAGGUGCUGAUUACUGGACCAGAGGACACACCGUACUUUGGUGGCUGCUUUGAGUUUGACGUCUUCUUCCCAGGAGACUAUCCGCAGAAGCCCAUGAAGGUCAACCUGGCAACAACUGGCAACCAGACCGUUCGCUUCAAUCCCAACCUCUACAAUGAUGGAAAGGUGUGCCUCAGUGUUCUGAAUACGUGGCAUGGCCGACCCGAGGAAAAAUGGAAUGCACAGACAUCAUCUCUACUACAGGUUCUUGUCUCAAUCCAGUCUCUCAUCCUCGUCCCAGAGCCGUACUUCAACGAGCCUGGGUACGAACGGUCACGCAACACUGCCCUGGGUGACCAAGCGUCUUUAGAGUACAAUGCCAACAUCAAGCAGGCAACGAUGAAGUGGGCAAUGCUGGAGCAGCUUCGCAAGACACCUGCUGCUUUCAAAGAUGUGAUACGGCGUCACUUCUUCCUGAAGCAAAAUGAGAUCCUCGCCGAGUGCGAGCAGUGGAUUGCGGAUGCUACGCAGAAAAAGAAGCGCAUGCAUUCCUACAGCUCCUCGCACAUAGAGAGCGCACGCCGGCACUUGGCCCAGCUCAAGAUCGAGUUUGCCAAGCUCAAGGAUGAGCCCAUCACGGAGCCGGUCUCCUGAGCUUGCAGUAGCCCGCCGCCGCCGCGCAAGACUAGCCAAUUUCACCAGAGAAGUUUAUUUAUUCUAGGACAGCAGCAGCAGCAGCGAGAGCUGGAGCACCAUCAUCACUACAAUUGUAAUAGUAUUUCUGGCAGAGAUAUCACUCCGGUUGCAGUUUAUAUCUCUGCUGUUACAUCCGUCUCUGUUUGUUUGUUUUUCGUUUGGAUUGAAUUGGACGACUCUCUUCUUGUUGUAUAUAGAUAUGUCUGAAUAGUUUCAUUGCGAUGUUUGAACUCCUGCGGUCACCUUCUUUAGAUGUUGUUAUGCUAUACUACAAGUACAUGCAUAUUCAAGAUCAGAAGUACCUGUACAAAGUUGUAUUUGGGUCUUAUUCCAAAUCUGCACAAUUUAGCCACUUGCUUCCUGAACUUCUCUUGUUGUUGUUGUUGUUGUUGUCCGUGACAGCACAAUUUCUCCCCCUCAGACCAUAUCUUUUCCAACAGCAUCUCGCUACAUGCUGCCAGUAUUGAUCCUAUUCUGUGCCGAUAUUCCGGCUUGUUCGCGGGUCUUUGCUGCUGUACCUACUUCCUGUUUGCUAAGUUAUUGUGCUGUGUUGUUGUGUAUCUACAAGUAUUGCCAUGCCCUGCCUGUUUGUGUCUUGUUUUAUAUCAUGUAUGCCGUGGGACCCGGCCUUUAUGCACACCUUGAUCCUGCACCAUGUACAUUCUUCCAAUGUCGCUUUUUUAUAUUACAGCUGGUUUUGUAUUAUUUUCUAUUAGCCUGUCACGAAAAAAACAUACCAACCAUGAAGCCAAGCAUUUUGCUGUUAACAUUAUUGUGGGAAUCAUAUGCCUGUUUUAAAACUCA